CUGAUAUGACAUGAUAGAACUCUAUAUGACCAAGUUAUAGUUUUAAUUAGCAUCAACGAGUCAGAAACAAAGGAUGUUUUUUCAAAUGAACAAGUACAACAAAGAAACCAGAUUACAACAGUGAAAGUUCAAAUUAGCCUUCAAUAAUUCCUCAGAUAUUCCCACCUCAAAGGAACAUAAGCAAUAGAAGAAUAGAGCAUUAGGCCUCAAGCUGGGAAAGAGUGCAAAGAAGAUUUACAGGAAUGUUGCCAGAACCCAAGGGUUUAAGUUAUAGGGAUAGGUUGGUGGGUGAGGACUUCUUUUGUUGAAAUUCAGGAGACUGGGUGGGGGUGGGGGAGGUGAGCUUACAGAGGUAAGUAAAAUCAGGAGAGGCACAGUAGAGUGAAUACACUCAGCUGUAUUCUCAGGGAAGAGAACCCAGGUCUAGAGGGGAGGGAUUAAAGGUGAGUGAGGAAACUUUCAAAGGUACUUGAGAGGCAUCUUUUUCACUUGGAAGGUGGUACGUAUGUGGAACAAACUGCCAGAGGAAUUGGUUGAAGCAAGUAAAAGUUAUAAUAUUAAGAGCCACCUGCAUGGCUACAUAGAUAAAAAAGAUAUGAGCUAAACUCAAGUACAUGGGACUAACUUAGAUGGGCAUCUUGGUUGGCAUGGGCCAAGGGCUUCGUACCAUGCUUUUUGACUCAUGCCCAAGCUGCUGUUCAGUAAAGUCAAGGCCAACUCUUUGGUGAAACUUCCCUGCAGUAAACCCAUAUCCCUGGAUUUUCUUAAUAUGUAAAAAUCUACCAAACUCUAUCUUAAAUAAACUAAGUGACCAAGCUUUCUGUGGAGAGAAUUUGUAAUAAUCACUGCCUCGUACCUGAGGAUAUUUCUUAUCCCUGUAUUGAGUGCCCGUCCCCUUAUUUUGAGACUGUGACUACAUCCAGCCAGGGAAAAUAUCAACGCUGUGAAAGUAAUUGAUGUGUAGGUGGGCUAAAGGCAGGAAAUCAUAGGGCAGUUGAUCUGCCUUGAGUGAUUGGUAAGAUGUUAGAGUCCAUUAUUAAGAACAAGUUUUCAGCUUAUUUGGGGGUACAUGAUAAAAUAGGCUGAAAUCAGCAUGGUUUCCUUAAGGGGAAAACUUGCACGACAAAUCUUUUGGAAUUCUUUGAGGAAACGAUAGGCAGGAUAAACAAUGGAGGGUCAGUGGAUGUUGUUUACUUGGAUUUUCAAAGGCUGUUGACAAAGUACCACACAUGAAGCCACAAAACAAGAGACUGAGGUAUUGCAGAAAAGAUACUAGCAUGAUAAAAAAAUUGGCUGACUGGCAGAAGGCAACGAGUGGAAAUAAAGGGGGCCUUUUCUGCUUGGCUGCCAGUGACUGGUGGUGUUCUGCAGGGGUCAGCAUUGGGACUACUUCUUUACAUGUUAUAUGUCAAUGAUCUAGAUUACAGAAUUGAUGGCAUUGUGGCCAAGUUUACAGAUGAUCCAAAGAUAGGUGGAGGGGCAGAUAGUGUUGAGGAAGCUGGGAGUCUGCAGAAGGCCUUGGUCAGAUUUGAAAAAUGGUAAAGAAGUGGGAGAUGGAAUACAGUGUAGGUAAGUGUAUGAUCAUGCACUUUGGUAGAAGGAAUAAAGAUGUGGACUGUUUUCUAAAUGGGGAGUAAAUUCAGAAACGGAGGUGCAAAAGGACUUGGGAAUCUUCAUGCAAGGUUCCCUAAAGGUUAACUUGCAGGUUGGGUUGUUAGCAAGGAAGUUAAAUGCAAUAUUAGCAUUCAUUUUGAGAGGACUGUAGAAUAUAAAAGUAAGGAUGUGAUGCUGCAGCUAUAUAAGAAACUGGUCAGACUGCAGUUGGAAUAUUGUGAGCAGUUUUAGGCCCCUUGUCGAAGAAAGGAUGUGCUGGCUUUAAUGAUGGUCCAGAGAAGGCUCACAAGAAUUAUCCUGGGGAUUGAGGGGUUAACAUAUGAGAAGAGUUUGAUGGCUCUGGGCCUCUACUCAUUGGAGUUUAGAAAAACUGUGCGGGGGUGGGGGUGCAGGGAUGAUCUCAUUGAAACCAAUGGAAUAUUGAAAGACCUAGACUGGAUGUGGGGAAGAUGUUUCCAAUAGAGGGAGUGUCCAGGACGAGAGGACACAGCCUCAGAAUAUAAGGAUGUCCAUUUAGAACAGAGUUGAGGAGGAAGUUAUUUAGCCUGAGAGAGGUGAAUCUGUGAAAUACAUUGCCAUAGCUGUGAAGACCAGGUCUUUGCGUAUAAAUCAGAACUUGAUUGGUUCUUGAUUAAUAAGGACAGCAAAGAUUAUGGAGAGAAGGCAGGAGAAUAUGGUUGAGAGGGAUAUUAAAUCAGUUAUGAUCAAAUGGUGGAGCAGACUCGAUGGGCUGAACAACCUAAUUCUGCUCCUAUGUCUUAUGAACUAUGUUGCAGGUAUGUGGGCAAAGGAUUGAAAAAAUGGUUUUCAAUCCAAAUAAUUGUGAGGUACUGCGUUUUGGGAGAUCAAACUAGAAUAGGACCUGUACAGUGAAUGGCAGGGCCUUGAGGUGGGUAAUAGAACAGUAAGAUAUGGGAGUACUGCCGUAUAGUUCACUGAAUGCAGUGUCAUAAUUAGAUAGAGUGAUAAAGAAGACAUUUGGCGACCAAGCCUGUAUCAGUCAGGGCAUUCAGUUUAGGAGUUGGAAAGUUACGGUGCAGCAAGAAGACAUUGGUUAUUAAUCUAAAAAGAGUGUAGAAAAGAUUUAUCAGGAAUUUUCCUGGUCUUGGGGGCCUGAGUAUUGAGAAAAGGCUGCAAAGAUUGGGACUUUAUUCCCUAGAAUGUAGGAGAUUGAGGGAUGACCUGAUAGGGGUAUAUAGGUAAAUCAUUAGUAAAAGCACAUAGUCUUUUUCACAGUGAGGGUGGUAUAAAAAUGAGAGGGCGUAAGUUUAAGAUCAGAGGCAAGAGAUUUUACAAGGGAUAUCAGGGACAACUUCAUGCCAAGAGUGUUAUGCAUUUGUGAUGAGCCACCAGAAAUAGUGGUUAAUGCAGUGUCACUGGCAGCAUUUUAAAGCCAUUUAGAUAAGCGUAUAGAGGAGAGACUUAGAGGGCUAUGGACCAACCACAGGCAAUGGGACUAGCUCCUUGGGCAACACAAGGGCUAGGGUAGCUGGGCCGAAGGGCCUAUUUCUGUGCUGUGUGACUCUAGGACAAUGGUUGGAAUUGGUUUGUAAUAUGAGGGAGAUGUAGAACUCAUGCGGGGCAAAGAAAUGCUGCAGAAUUCCGCAAAUGCUAGAGAUCUUGACAACACCCGCAAAAUGUUAAAGGAACUCAGCAAGUCAGACUGCAGCUAUGAAGGGAAAUAAACAGUGGACCUUCAGGGCUGUGGGUCUGAAAUGUUGACUGUCUAUUUUCUUCCAUAGAUGCUGCCCGACUUGCUAAGUUCCUCGAGCAUUUUCUGUGCGUCGCACCGUGGAUAGGGUUUGUAUAUUGUUCUGGGAUGUGUUGGGAGUAGCAGAGCUUUCAACAAACUUAAGUGUACAGAUGUCAAGAGACAAUAACAACAACCUAUAUUCUUGGUUCAAUGUCCAAAGAACAAAAGUGUUGACAAACUAAGCAAUUAACAUUAAUAUCUAACACUCGGUCAAGAGUAUUUCGGACCGGGCAGAGCGACCAGACAGGCUUGGGCUUUGAACUGCCCCAGUCGCUUUCACGCUGUGCGGAGAUUUGACGACUAAUUGAAGGCGGGGUGCCACUAAUUCGCAGCUCUGGGACUCCGUCACUUCAUCUCGGACGCUCUCUGGGCGUCAGUUUCAUCGGAACCGUGCGUCCUUGCAGGUGCCGAGCGCCUUCUGUGUGUUUCCGAGUCCCGAAGCGAUCAGCCUCUCAGUGAGGAACGCGGAACUCCCAUUGAAAGGUGCGGAGUCUGAACAUCGAAUAUAUCUCCAGCCCUGAUCUUAUCUUUCCUUUCCCCUCCCUCUCUCAUACCACCAUCUGUCUCCUCUGGGGAAGGACGCUGCUCCAGUGACGCUCAUUUCCAUCGGCGUUAAGCUGUAUAUUAAAGUAAAAUCAAAGCCCAGCACAUCCCAGAACUGGGACAGACCGGGCCAACAGCUCCCGUCUCACUGCAAACUUCACACUAACAUUUGGCUGGAUCCACUUUCCAGGACUCGGAACCCGUGACCGCUUUCGGGGGCUCUGGAGAUGAAAUCGCCUUUGGAGGAGGAUCUCUUCCCAUUUGCCCGCGACCGUGUAAAGGAAGUUUCCGAUCUCGUGGACCCCGCCGACCUGCUCUCCCUCCUCGGGGAGAGAGAGAAAGAUGCUCAAGUGGCUGCUGAGCUGGGAAAGACUCUGCUCGCUGAACUCCAGGAUCUGAAGAGGGAAAACGACAGGUUAGAGGAAGAAUACAGCCAGAAACUAGAGGCGACCAAAGUGGAGCAGACCCUUGCCCAGGAGAUCCAAGCACUGCGAGGCAUGUUUAUGGGAAAGAAACUUCUGUUGAAUGACAAUGCGACAAGGGCUCAGAGUCUCCAGGCUGAGAUCACCCUGUUGUCAGAACAAAAACAUAACCUGGAGCAGCGGAUGGUUGCAAUGGAAAAGGAAAACCUGUCACUGAAGAGCAGCCACGACUCAAUACAAGAACAAUGCUUACAGCUGCAGCAGAAGAACCAGGAGUGGGCAUCGCAGCUAACCAUAUCACAGGAGGAUUACAAGGAGGUGCAAGCACUGAACCGACAGCUGAAGAGCCGAAUGCAGGAGCUGAGCGAGCAGCAGACAAUGCAGGAAUCCACGAGCUGUAAUACAUCCCUGCUUUCGGAAAUUGAGCAGAGCCUGGAGUCUGAGGCCUGGGAGACUGAGAAAGAUCAGAUAAAGACUGAAAUUGAGGAGCUGCAUCAGGAGUUACUGACCUUGAUGGGCACAGACCGCUCUGAUAGUCUGACUGGAUCUCAGACACCCAGUCUCCAGGCAGCCCUCUUGCACCUGAAAGACUUAGUAUACAAUCUGGUGCAUGGCUCAGCUGUACCGGUUCACCUAGAAGAUGAUCCAAAAGGAUUGGAGGAGAAGCUGAAAUGGCAACAGCAACAAUUCCAGCAGGAGAAAGCAUUGAGCAAAGAAAAGCAGCAGAUGAUCGAGGAGCUUCAGAAACAGGUGCAAUUGCAAAGCACUGAUCUGAUGAAGCUCAGGAAGGAAAAUGACAGCCUGAGGUGCAGCCUAGAGAACUCGUCAGAUCAUCAACCUCUCCAGCAGGCCAUUCGCGAACGGGAUACCGCGAUUGCAAAGAAGAACGCUGUGGAAGUGGAGCUGGCCAAGUGCCAAAGGGACAUGAAGUUGUUGAACUCCCAGCUUCUGGACACUAUUCAGCAGAAAGUAAAUCUGUCACAGGAGUUAGAAGCUUGGCAGGAUGACAUGCAGUUUAUAAUAAACCAACAACUGAGAAGCCAGCAGCAAGCUGAACAAACCUGGCCUGGUUCUGCCGAAAACCCCUGCGAGAGCUCUGAUUCUAAACAUCAUUCUUUCUUUCUCCGAAGGACCAGGAGUCAGAUUCCGGAAGGAAAAGGCUUCCUUUCGUUGUUUAAGAGGUGAAAACUGCCUCAGAUGUCUGUUUUCCCUUGAGACAUUUGUACCCAAGUAUUAGAUUUCAUCAACUUUUGGUGCGUUAAAACAUUGUUACAUGCAAUGUUGGUGCCACUUUAAUUCCCAUCCUUAAUACUUUGUUAAAUUGUAUGAAGAGAGUUUUGGAAAUGUGCUUUUGUACCUUGCCUCCAAAGAUGAAAGGAGUCUUGAGCUGCAAACUUCCCAAUGCGAGUGUCACGGACAUCUGUAAACUUCCGUAGUGAUCUCUAGAGAGGCUCAUCAGAUUUUAUGGAACCCUCUCCCAACAGCAGCUUUAAAGCAAGUGAGGGAGGACAUGGGAAGGAGACUUGCAGUGAUCCUCAACACACUCCAUCCCCCAUGCAAGGAUCUGCUCUGAUGAAAUGAUGUGCCGUGUGUGGCCCCUUGCUACUGUGUGGAGUGAUCUGUGAGUUAGGCACUGCGGCGGACUAUGGUGGGCCGCUUAAGGUAAUCACCAAUGGAGCAGACAGUAGUGAUUUGUUAAUAUCUUGAGCAUUGCAAAAUAAGCUGGCAGAUGCUGUGUACAAUAUCACAGUGGAAUCUAUUUAAUCUCUAUCUCAGUGAUGGUUUUGGUAGGUUGUGCUUCAUUAUUUUCUAUGGUUGUCUUCUGACAUUCAUUUUCUCUCUCAAUAAAAGAACCAACCAGUUCCCCUCCACCACCAUCUCUGGAGACAAACUGUCGACAGCUUUGAUAAACCUACCAAUUCCCACGGCUAUCUUGACCAUAUUUCUUCCCCCUCUGUCUUCUGUAAAAAUGCUUUUCCCUUUUACUAAGUUCUUUUGCCUCUGCUGCACCUGUUCCCAGAAUGAUGCUUUCCUUUCCAGGACAUCAGAGAAGCUGGCCUUCUUCAAAGAACAGGGUUUCCUUUCCUACGCCUUCGCCUGUAUCUCCUUCAUUUGCUCGACAUCCACGCUCACCCUGUCUUCCCACUGCCUCAACAGUGAUGGAAUUCCUCAUGUACUUGUAUGCCACCUCGGCAUCCAGCACAUCCUUCUCUGCAACUUCCAAAGGGAUCCUACCACCAAACACAUCUUUAUCUCCCCCCACUUUCCUCUUUCCAGAGGGAUCACUCUCUUUGUGAUUCCCAUGUCCAUUCAUCCUCCUCACUAAUCACCCUCCCAGCAUUUAACCCUUCAAGUGUCUAAAGUGCAACACCUGCCCAUUCAUUACCUCCCUCACCUCUUUUCAGGGCCCCAAACAGUCUUUCUAGGUGAGUCAACACUUCACCUGCAAAUUUGUCUAUUCACCUGUCUAUUGUGUCUGGUGCUUCCAAUGCAGCCUUCUCUACAUUAGUGAGACCCAUCGAGACCUGUCUCUUCUCACCUGCCUAUCACCUUUCCUCUUCUUCCUUUCUUCCUAUGGUCCACUCUCCCCCCCUAUCAGAUUCCUUCCUCUCCAGCCCUUUACCUUUCACACACACAUGGGUUCACCUAUCACCCUCCAGCUAUCCUCCUUUCCUGCCCCCUGAACAGUUUUUUUUUAUUCUGGCAUCUUUCCCCUUCCUUUCUAAUCCCGAAGAAGAAAAAAUUCAACAUGAUUGCUGCCUGAUCUGCAUGUACUUCCAGCAAUUUUUGUGUGUUGUCUUUUUCCAGUUGUGGGAGGUCAAAUUGGGUUGAUGGGCUAUAAACGGUGAGUGCAGAAGUUGUAAUGCACUUUUGACUCAAAAGAAAAUUUGACUACACAGACAUUGAUACUGACCAGUUAUUAAUGAAAAGCAAAAUAAACGCCAAUGCUAGUAACAUGAAAUUUAAAAAGCUGAAUGUUGAAAAUAGUCAUGAACAUACCUGUAGGGGGAAAUAGGGCUGAUGUUUUGAAUAAAUUACUUUUCAGCAGAAUAUUUCAAGCAUCUCUUAAUUCCCGACCAGAAGUGCCCAAAACAAUUGUGCAUCAAUCAGAAUUUCACCUGGAAAUUGAUUUAUACUCCAGCUAAAGUCAAUUUUUGCUUACUUCCAAACCAAAUUUCUGGGCAUUAGCCGAUAGUUAUUCAGGAGGUUAUUUACACCAUGGAAUUAGUCCCUUGGAAUAUGUAAUUUCUUAUCAGAGAUUAUUGAUCAAAUAAAACAAAAUGAAGCUGGGUGCAUGGACUAUCUGUUACUGUUAAAAUAAAAAGGGGAAUUUUGUUUUUUAAAAAAAGCUGAACAUUUACUGUAUGUAUAAGAAAUUUUGGCUUAAAGGAGACACCAGCUUUGCAGUGUUUUCUGUAGUCAUGAGCUACGGAAGUGAUUAAAAAGACUAAAAAAAUCCAUUGUCAAAUAAAGAGAACAAUAGAAAAUAAAAUACUUGACUUAAUACAAUUUACACUGGAUCUUCUAAACUAUCAACCAGCUUGUUUGAAUCUGAGGUGGUGCUUGGUAUUGUCCUAGUUGGUGAUUAUUAAAGGUUUUUAAGAGUUAUGCCAUUGAUAAUAUGUAGUAAAAUGUGAAUAGCUGGUAUUGGGCACAGUUUCAUCACCAUCUGUAAAGAGAAACAAUAUUGAUUGUAAAGUUUUAUCAGAACAAGUAUACACAGGAAAGGAAUCUUCAAUAUGUACUCAUUUAUACAGAUGUAACAAAAUUAUUCUGUAUUUCUUAAGCUUUUAUUUCCAGCAUUGGCAUUUUUCAUUUAAUUUAUCUGUUAUGUACAUAAUAUAAUGAGGGUAGAGACACUCAACAGUUUCUCCAGUGCCUGGAUGCUGCUAUAUUUGUUUAUUAAAUAAAAUAUUAUUUAUUGCUAAAGAAAUUCA